UGUGUCACUGGAGCUUCAAGAGGAAUUGGAGCAGAAAUUUGUCUUGAAUUAGCAAAUCAUGGCUUCAUAGUGAUAGGAUUAGCUCGUGGAAUUAACAAAAUACAAGAGUUGUCUAAACGGAUUGAAAAUGACAAGCAUGGAAAAAUCAUUGCAAGGAAGUGUAACGUUGAAAACGAAAAUGAAAUUUUAGAGUCAUUUCAAUGGAUUAAGCAGUCUUUCGGAAAACUCGACAUAUUUGUAAACAAUGCAGGCGUCAUGAUGCCAGACUUGACUUUAAUAGAAAAAACUGAAAACAUUAGAAAAAUGUUUGAUGUAAAUGUCAUUGCUUUAUUUACUUGCGUAAGAGAAGCAGUGAAAGUUAUGAAAGAGACCUCAGUAAAGGGUCAUAUCAUCGUCAUAAACAGCAUCUUAGGACACAAAGUUCCUGAUAUUCCUCGACAAAUAAAACCACCUUUUGGGUUUUACCCCGCUACGAAAUUUGCAGUGAAUGGUUUUUGUCAAACUCUCAGGCAAGAAUUAAAUUACGAAACUUUGCCAAUAAAGCUGACUUCAGUAUCACCAGGAAUGGUUGACAGUGAAAUGAUAAAUUGUAUGGAUGAAGAGUUAGUAAAGAGUCUUCCCAAACUUUCGACUGUAGAUGUGGCAAAAGCUGUUCUGUUCGCAAUAACAACGCCUCAUCGAGUUAAAAUCGACGAAAUCGUUAUGAAUGCAAUGGAUUGUUAAUAGAAUAAUGGAUUUCAUCAUUUAUUGUAAUACCGCACUUUAUUCACUCAUGUGAUUCGUCAUAUAUUCAUUCCUAAAGCGUAUUAAGUUAUUUUCUUGUUCAGUAAUUUAUGGUAAUGCACGUUCAUAAACGGAACAAUAAAAUGAUUAAAUAUUUAUGCAACUUAAACUUGUAAUAAAUAAAUUUAAAUUUAAAAGGCACAACUCAAUUUAAGAAGAUGACUCUGAAUAAGAACAGAACAAUUUCUUAUCAAAAUCUUUCAACAAAUCAUAAAAUGUUUUACUUUCGUUGUUAACAAUCUUUGGAUCAGCGCCAGCUGCCAAAAGUUUACAAAUGAUUUGUGCAUUUCCAGAAGAAGCGGCAAAGUGCAAGGCAGUCCACCCAUAAGAAUUCGUGAGGUUUAACUGGAUGUUACUUUGAUCGAUGAAGUAUGAUGAGAUGUCAUUUGCAUCGCUAUCAAUUGAAUACAUAAGUGGAGUGAAACCGUUUUCAUUUACUGCGUUGAUAUCCACACCUUUAUCGGCCAAUAUUUUGAUAACUUCCAAACUGGCUUUGCACGUGAUAGCUUCGUGAAGGCAACUACGACCAUCAGCUUCUCGAAGAUGAAGAUCGGCUUUGGGAUGCAUGAUUCUUUUCAGAUCAGAAUUUCCAAUGAAAAUAUUAAUUACAAGACCUCCAUAAACAGUUUUUCCAUUGAUAUAUUUAUCCACGAGUUCGUUGAAAACAGAUCGUAAAUCGCCAUCAAAUACCUCUUUAUAAAUAGUGCUGCCCAUUGUGAAGAAUCCAAUGUAUGAGACGUCGUCAUUCGUAACUGCAAAGCGAUCAAUGUCGGUAUGUUGCAAUAAAAACUUUGCAACUUCCCAUCUUUGACAUCUCAAUGCAAUGUGAACUAAAUUCUCUCCUAUAUUGUUAGUUACAUUCACAUUUGCACCACGAUCCAUCAAAAGUUUCACCCAAUCUUCUGUAAAAGCAGAAUGAAUUGGUUUGUAGCCAAUGUUAUCUGAAGUAUUGACAUCUGGUUCAUGUUUCAUGAAUUCGCAGAAGAAAUCAAACGGAACUUUAUCCUGUCCAAAGGUUGAGACAAAAUUUAUGAAUGGCGUUCUUCCCCGUGAGUUCUUUAAAUUCACUAAAUCAGGUUUCAAUUCAUUUCCCAUCAAUAUUUUAAAUACUUCAGCAGAUUUCACAUGAUGCAAUGGUGUGUCUCCAUUAUCAUCAAUCUCAUCAACUUUCAAUCCUAAUUUCACAAGUUCACGUACAACUUCGUCGUUGUCACAUUCAGAAGCAAAAUGUAGAAGAGUUUUUCGUUGAUGUGCACGAUGCUUGUAGUCAACUCCACGUUUUAAUAAAUCCAUGAAAAUUUUCUGCAUUAAUUUUUUCUCUUCUCGUCUCUCAGCUUCAUGAAUCUG